CACAAUCCCUUUCACACUUUCACUCUGCUUAGAAACUCAAAACUGCAAAACACACACGAUAAAGAUUUAUAAAAACAACUCCAGCCAGAGAUUCUCAACAGCUCUUGUUUUUAUCAUUGUUAUUAGGGUUGCUAAAUUAACAGUAAGGAAAAGUUGAAAUCAUGGAAAGAAUAUAAAGCCCCUUAAAGCGGAAAAAGAAAUAGUAAAAAUUACAGUUAGCAGAGAAUCUCAAUUUAUUACUCCUUUUCCUGAUGAUUGAUACACCUAUGUAUACAGUUGUACAUACGUGUCGUCAAUGAUUACAGCUAUAUCUACGUACAAAUCACAGACUUGAAGCUGCUGGUUUCACUCCUUCUGCUUGCUUCCCAGGGAUCAUCGAUAUGGCAUCUGAACUCGUAAAUGCCGCAACAAGCGACAAACUUAAUGAAAUGGACUGGACAAAAAACAUUGAGAUUUGUGAACAAGUCGCACAUGAUCACAGAUUAGCUAAAGAUGUUGUCAAAGCUAUCAAGAAACGACUGGGGAGCAAACACUCUAACACUCAACUCUACGCCAUAAUGCUGCUGGAGAUGUUGAUAAACAAUAUCGGCGAACCUAUACAUAAGCAAGUUAUAGAUACAGGAGUUCUCCCCAUACUUGUGAAGAUAGUUAAGAAAAAGUCGGACCUUCCAGUACGAGAAAAGGUAUUUCUGCUAUUAGACGCAGCUCAGACAUCUGUUGGUGGUGCUUCUGGGAGAUUUCCUCAAUAUUAUUCAUCAUAUUAUGAAUUGGUGAGUGCAGGAGUGCAAUUUCCUCAGAGGCCACCCGAUAACCCAAAACCUCAUGCUACCCCACAUGUCGAUAAGCCGCCUACUCCACCUAACAAGGAGCCUGCUGCUCCUCAAUUUGAAAUAAAUGCUCCACAAGCACAAGCACAAGCCCAUGGUGUUCCAGAAUCAAGUAUUCUCCAGAAAGCUGGAACCGCAUUGGAGGUAUUGAGGGAUGUCCUUGACACUAUUCAUACACAACACCCCGAGGGAGCAAAGGAUGAGUUUACACUAGAUCUUGUGGAACAAUGUUCAUUCCAAAAGCAACGAGUAAUGCACCUGGCAAUUACUUCCCGAGAUGAAAAAGUUGUUACACGAGCAGUUGAGCUUAAUGAGGAGCUUGAAAGAGUGUUGCGGAGGCAUGAUUCUCUUCUAGCUGACAGAAUUAUGUCUAGUACAACUCCCAUUGGACACGAAGAAGAGGAGGAGGAGGAAGAGGCUGAACAACUUUUUCGGCGGAUAAGGAAAGGAAAAGCUUGUGUGCGACCCGAAGAUGAAGAUUACAAGAUAGAUCGACCACUAGGACUGAUGGGGCUCCCUGUUCAUGGGGAAAUGUUACAUCGCCCACUCAUAAGGCCCCUAACUGUGGAGCGUCAGCAGGAACCUACACAGCGGCCCAAUAUGGAGCCUAAGGCAGAAACCAUUAGGCCAUUGCCUCUGGCAGUGAAUCCGGAUAUAAAUCUAGGAAGACCGGCAGUAGCAAUCCCUCCACCGCCUGCUAAACACGUCGAGCGUGAAAAGUUCUUUCAGGAGAAUAAGACAGAUGGAUCAGCUCUUAAUGGCCACAUAAGAAGCCUCUCAUUACACAGUAGAAAUGCCAGUAGUUCACACAGUGGGAGCACAGAUUUUAGCGACUGAGCUGAAGGUAUUAUCGCUCUGGAAAAUGCUUACCCUUUCGCUUCAAUUGGUUGGAUGUGGUGUUCGUGUCGGGAUUUGAGUUGAUUGCCACCAUCGUGCCUUAAACUGCCGAUUGCACCUAGAGGUUUCAGCCGGAACAUGGGAUGAUGUUAUAGGAACUUGACUGAUGUUCUCAGAAGUGUGUAUGCUGGGACAGGCACUUUAUUUUGAGGGUGACUAAUAGUAGCUGUUUCACAAACUUGAGGUUUAUAGCAAGAUAUUGAGCUUGAGCUUGAAUUUUCUUUAGAAGAAGUUGUUCUACUGACCAUAGCUAUAUAUUUCCUUUCACUUUGGUUCUCUGUGUAGAUAAUCUGUAUGUCUUCUUGUAUCUUUUGUAGCUAUAAUGGUUGUGGAGUUAUAUAUGGGUACAUUGGCAUAUUGGUAGUCAAACCAAUAUUUUGUGCUUGUUAAAUCUACUUUAUUUUGUGCU